AAGAAAAGUCAGUGUUUCUCGAGUAUUUCUGUAUCGAAGAUGUUUCCACGGUAUCGUGGCUGAGUUUCUUAACUAAAGUACCAAAAUACCUUAACAAAGGUUUAACAAGAUAAAUUCAGUGCAACUUCGUGGAUUUUGUGGUAAAAUUUCGGCAUUAUCAUUCGACCAUAUUGUAAAUGUUGUCGGCAAUUAAUGCAACAACGACAUAAACUACAAAAUUUAAAGCAACAUCACGCUCCGUUGCAAUAAUCCAUAGCGUGAGCCACUUUGGAACUGGAAGACAGUUCCGGCACUCUGACAACGACGGAUAAUUCGGAAUCCUGAAUAAAGAUCUGUCAAAUCUUAACAACAGCAGAAUGAAUCACUUUUCGUACGGAUGGAAACCUGAAGUGGUCGAACCAGAAUUUAUACAACAAGUAGCGUCGAAAGCGGAAUUAGGAGAAAAGGGUUCUGGCUUCAGACCCCGAGCAGCGGUUCAAGAUUUUAGCAAACUCAAGCAAGAAUGUUUGGCUACGGGGACACUUUUCGAGGAUCCCGAAUUUCCAGCGGAUGAUUCAUCGUUAUAUUUCUCGAAAAGGCCAGACAGAUAUAUAGAAUGGAAACGACCAAUGGAAAUCGCGGACAACCCUCAACUGUUCGUCGAGGGUUUUUCCAGAUUCGACGUUCAGCAAGGCGAAUUAGGAGAUUGUUGGCUGCUGGCAGCAGUCGCAAAUCUCACGAUGGACGCCAAUUUGUUUUUCCAAGUAGUCCCAGAAGACCAGAGUUUCGAAGAAAACUACGCCGGUAUAUUUCAUUUCAGAUUCUGGCAGUACGGUAGAUGGGUAGACGUGGUGAUCGACGACAGAUUACCGACCUACCGCGGCGAAUUGGUAUACCUGCAUUCGGCUGAGAUCAACGAAUUCUGGAGUGCUCUUUUGGAAAAGGCGUACGCGAAGCUUCAUGGCUCGUACGAAGCUUUGAAAGGCGGAACCACCUGUGAGGCCAUGGAGGAUUUUACGGGUGGUGUGACGGAAAUGUAUCAGAUGGACCAAACCCCUCCAAAUCUAUUUAGUAUUUUGCUAAAAGCUUACGAAAGGAACUCGCUAAUGGGCUGUUCGAUAGAGCCUGAUCCAAAUAUAUUGGAAGCCGAGACGCCUCAAGGACUGAUCAGGGGCCAUGCUUACAGUAUUACACGUGUCAAAUAUGUGGAGAUUCAAACGCCAAACCAAUUUGGGAAAAUACCGCUACUUAGACUUAGAAAUCCAUGGGGUAACGAGGCAGAAUGGAAUGGUCCGUGGAGCGAUCAAUCACCAGAGUGGAGAUUCAUUCCCGAUCAUGAGAAGGAAGAGCUAGGCUUGACCUUCGACAUGGAUGGUGAAUUUUGGAUGUCAUUCCAGGAUUUCACGCGAUAUUUUACGCAACUAGAAAUAUGUAACUUGAAUCCAGACUCGUUGACCGAAGACGAUCUAAAUGCUGGUAAAAAGAAAUGGGAGAUGAGCGUGUUCGAAGGGGAGUGGGUACGCGGUGUUACGGCAGGAGGAUGUAGGAACUUUUUAGAAACCUUCUGGCAUAAUCCGCAAUACCGAAUUACUCUCGAGUACCCAGAUGAAGAUGACGAUAAAUGUACAGUCAUUGUUGCGUUGAUGCAGAAAAAUAGGCGAGCACAGAGAAGAAUGGGUGCAGAAUGUCUGACAAUUGGAUUUGCCAUAUACCAUUUGGAGUAUCCCGAACGGUUACCCAAGCCAUUGGACAUUAAUUUCUUCAAAUACAACGCGUCGGUAGCAAGAUCGCCAGCAUUUAUAAAUUUACGAGAAGUAACGUGCCGUUUCAAAUUACCACCUGGUGCAUAUUGCAUAGUUCCAAGUACGUUUGACCCUAAUGAAGAGGGCGAAUUUUUGCUGAGAAUAUUCUCCGAAAAUAAGAACAAUAUGGAAGAAAAUGAUGAUGAAGUUGGUGUUGGAGAAAUUGAUGAUAGGGUCAUUAAUCCCAAAGGUGAUAACGUACACGAAGAUGGAGAUAAGGUUCGAGAAGAACCAGAUCCAGACCGUAAUGCAGACAAAGUUCGAGAAUUUUUCAAAAAGCUCGCUGGUGACGAUAUGGAGGUGGAUUGGAUGGAGCUAAAGGAAAUUUUAGAUUUUGCAAUGCGAAAAGAACUACCACAGUCGGCGCGUCGUAGUGAGGCACAUGCCCCUGAAACUGUACAAGGAAAUGGUUCGUUUAUCGACACUCUCAUCUCACUGCUGUGCGGCAUUGUUUGUAAUAAUGAACAGUACAGUAAGACUGUAGAAACGAAUGAUAAAGGAUUCAGUAAGGAUGUAUGCCGUAGUAUGGUGGCCAUGUUAGAUGUAGAUCACUCUGGAAAACUCGGAUUUGAAGAAUUUCGAACAUUAUGGAACGACAUAAGGAAAUGGAGGGCUGUGUUCAAAUUAUACGACAAAGACGAAUCGGGAUAUUUGAGUGCGUUUGAAUUGAGGCAAGCAUUAAAUAGCGCAGGCUAUCGACUCAAUAAUCACAUUUUAAAUAUCUUGGUACAUCGUUACGGAACGAAGGAUGGUAUGAUCACCUUCGAUGAUUACAUCAUGUGUGCAGUUCGACUCAAGACAAUGAUAGAUAUUUUCAGAGAACGAGAUCCAGACUUAACUAAUACGGCGACAUUCACAAUGGAAGAAUGGAUAGAGAAAACGUUAUACUCGUAAUCUAAUACGUGUAUCAAAGUCAUUGAUAAAGAUAAGGGAAUAUAAAUACGUUCGUAUCUUUUGUCAUGCUAUGUAUGUAUUAGGAAAUACUUGACGAUUCCAUCACGUUUUUCAUCUUGAGAAAUUGCUUUUUCUAUACUGCUGUUUUCCAGUUUGCUAAUUGUACAUUGAUUAAACAUAAAGUAAAAACGCAAGAUAUUUAUUGAAAGAAUAUUUGUUUAGAUAUAUGUUAUUAGUAAUGUUUCAUAAAUCUAAAUGUAUGACAUUUUAUAAAGUUUAUAUUAGUAUCACAAUUCCUUUCGAAAAGUGCAUAGAAAGGAAGAAAAACAUACAUACAAUUUUACUAUAUUAUAUAAUAAAUAAUUUAUUCUUUGUAUUUUUGUCGAAACUAUUAUACAUGUAAAGAGAAUGUGCCUUAGUUAAUGUAUCGUUGUACCUAUAAAAUCUAAUUAUCUUAAAAUGAUAAUAAUUUAUUAUAUCGGAAACUAGUCUAUAUUUUAUACAUGCUUUAUCAUCUCCUUCUCGUUCAAUUAUCGAGUGUACGAAAAUUAUAAGAUUCAAAACUCUGUUUAUAUACUCCACAUUGAAUAAAGUUUAAGAACUCUCUAUUUAGUGUAA